CGCAGUCAUGACGGGCAAUCUGUCGCCCAGCCUCGCUGUAUACCAGCCUCUACCGCAAACACCUGAUGUAGUAGAUGAGUUGGUAGAUGAGUUUCUACAGGAACAGCCACACGCGGAAGUACAUGUUGGCGGGCGGAUACGAUGGGUCCACUUCAUCUUUGGAUGUGCGGUGCUCUUGCCCUGGAACGCACUGAUCACUGCAACGCCGUAUUUCUUGUCUCGAUUGUCUGGGUCACCCAUGAAGAGUUCAUUUAGCUCAUACCUUUCCAUCACGUUUACACUUGCGAACUUUUGCUUUCUGGCGCAUGCUACCGUAACUUCUAAACAAUCAUCUCCUGCUCGUCGUAUAUUCGUUGCUACAUCACUCCUAGCAGUCCUCGUUGGUCUCCUAACUCUCUCCACGAGUACACCUUCCUCAACAGGAAUCUUCUUCGCAUUCGUUCUAUUAAAUGGGAUCGUACAAGCCGGGGCGGGUUCCUAUCUACAAACAGCCGUCGUAGCCGUAGCCUCGCUCUUCGGUCACUCAGCAAUGCAUGCAUGCAUGGCUGGACAGGCUUUCGUCGGUGUAGUUGUUAGCACUGUACAACUACUCAGCUCCUUGGCUUCUGUGAGUGCUUCGGCGAAGGCCAGGGAAAAGAAUCAGGAGUAUGAUGAGGGAGGAGCAGAGGCGAGGGCUGCUGCGUUGUUUUUUGGGUUGUCGACUGUGUUUUUGUGUGCGACGCUUGGUGCGUUGAGUUGGCUUGUGAGGUUGCCGGAGUAUAAGGCUGUUAUGAGGCCAUUUGAGGAGGAGAGGAGGAAGGGGAGGGAAGGAAGUGAAGGAGGAGGAGUUGAUGUUGAUAUUGAUGCGAAGAGUGAGAAGGGAAGGAUAUGGAGAGUUGCGAAGGCGAAUGUGGAGUAUGAGUUUGCUGUUGGGUAUGUUUUUACGGUGACUCUGGCUGUAUUCCCUCCUAUAACCGCAUCUAUUCUGCCUGCGGAUCCAGCGACUUUUCACCCGCUCAUCUUCACUGCUAUUCAUUUCCUCCUGUUCAAUGUCGGAGAUCUUACUGGGCGGUACCUCUGUGCGGUUCCGAGACUGCUUACCUGGUCUUCCCGCCGACUACUCGUACUCUCUCUCGCACGUACACUAUUCAUCCCCCUCUUCCUCCUAUGCAACGUUCAACGCCCCUCUCCUUCCUCCUCACCCUCUUCUUCAACCUUGCCAUCAUCAGCACUCUCCCUAGGCUCCGACGCGUUCUUCUUCCUCAUACUCCUCCUCUUCGGGCUUUCCAACGGCUACGUCUCGAGUAUGUGUAUGAUUGCUGCUCCCAACGUCCAGCAUAAUAAGAAGUUGGGGGGUAGGAAGGGAGAUGUGGAUGUUGCUGCUACGCUUGCGAGUUUUGUGUUGGUCGGGGGGUUGGUUGUUGGUUCUGCGUGUAGUUUUUUGGUUAGGUGGAGGGUUUGUGGGUGUAAUCCGUUUGUGGAGUAGGAGUUGUUUAGAUGGAUUGUUGGGCAAUGUUAGGAGUGAUGUGCUUGGGUCUGGAUGCUCUCUCUCUCUCUGUUCGUUUAUGUUUGUAAGUAUAGAGUACGGGCUGUAAUUGGACUUUAAUGAAUUGAUUGUCAUUGGC